UUCGGAUCGUGCAGAUGUGUUUGAACGUAAAAGCUGCACAUAGGAUCCAUUCGAGCUUUGUAUCAUACAAUUUUUGUUCAGUUUUUCUUUUUUCAUUUGUCAUUUUUUCGCUUUUCGUUUGUAUCGUGUUCAUCUUUUUUCCGUUGAAAACAACAACAACAACAAAAAAAAGAAAAAUCGGUGAAUCGUGGCCCGUCAUCGUGCAAUAGUGUUAAUUAAAAACGAAGACGAAAAAGAAAAAUGAUAAACUGUGUUCAUUUUCGGACGAGAAGAAUUUAACGAAGAAAAAAGAAAAGUAUUAAACAAGUUCAAUAAUACCCGCGAAAAAAGAGAGAGAAAAAAAAAUGUUGAUACGAAAUAUAGUAUCUGGAAUUUUUUUAGUAAUAGUGAUAAAAAUUACAAAGUUGAAUGGAAGAGACGAACACGAUCAGUAGCAGCAAUAAACAAACAAUCUCAUUGGAUUCAGUUGGUUGGAAAAUCGAAUGGAUUCUUUUUUUCUCUUUCGUCAUUUUUUUCUCUCAAAAUAUAUACAUACAUCUAAAUAUAUAACAACAGAAGAGAAAAAAAAUAGCUAUAAAAUGCAAUCGACGAAACAGACAGUGUGCAGCAGUAAAAAGAGAAUAAGUUAUCGAAAUAAAUAAAUCGCAAGCGAAAUAGAUUUAAAGAAAUAAAAGAGAAAAUUAUUGUGAUUUUUUUUUCGGUUCAGUUCUGUUCGUCUGUUCUCUCUGUUCUGUUCGAAAUCAUUGCAGUAAAAAUGUAGUUUUCGUACACAUCAGAGCACAACCACUACCAACAUUAUCAUCAAACAACAACAAUACACACAAGAAAAGCUUUAAUAAAUUUCAAUGAUAAAUUUAAAUUUGGAUUAAUAAAUCGUAUAGAAGAAGAAGACGGAGCUAUUUAUUUACAUCAGAACAAAAAAGAACAAAAAUCGGUCAAAGCAACACACAAAUACACAACAAGAAACGAACAAACAUACAAAAAAAUAUGCACAAACAACCAAAUUAAUGCCAAGUUUCAAUAGCACGAUCUAAUUAAUUAAUUAAACAAAGGAACUAAAAGUAACAAUAAACAAAUUAAUUUAAACAAAACAAAAAAAAAACAAAUAUUAUUAGCAAAACAUAAGCUAUAGGCUGUAUCAUAGCACAAAAUACAAAUGUAUAAACGAAUGAACAACUCAUCAAAGCAAAAUCAAUAAUAAUAACAACCGAAAAGAAUUUCGCAUUAAAAAAACAACAACAACAACAACAGACAGACAUAAAUUAAUAUCCGAAAACUGCAAUUAAAUAGAUACAAUAAAACUCAAUAAUUCCGAAAUAAUUGAAUUUGUGCACACUGUGCGGGAGGAAACAAACACGGUUGCAAUAGCGAACAGAGAUACAUUUGAAUCAACCAAUAAAAAAGAAGACCAGCCAAAUAAAAUCGACGUGUGGAAAGGAAAUUACAUCAAAAAUCAUUGUUGCGUUGAAAUCAAUUUUCCACCACAAUGUAAUAGGCAUAAUAACUGGUCAGCGCUGCCGAGCAGCAAUUUAAUUGAUUUCCAUGAUUAACGACGAAUUUUGUCACCAUGUUCGUUAAGUGCAUAAGUAUCACCGACCACAUGAACAAUCAUUAUAAAAUAAAUCGUAUAAACAGCACCAAUUAUAAUAGAGCAUUGACAUUAAACAACAACAACAAUAAUAUUUAUAAUACCAAUCGAAUUGCUAAUAAUAACAAAAGGAAAUUGCCGUGCAAAAAUUGGUCCUGUUGUUAUAUUUCUGCGAUUCGUCUGAAUAUUACUGCAACCACCAACGAAGUAACUACCAUUUGGACUAAUUCUCUUCUAUCUCAAAUGUGAUUUUGAAUUGAUCUCAGUUAUUUCGCUUGGUAAAAAUUAAACUACAGACAAUAUAUAGUUCGUGUUGUUGACCACAUUUUCACUAGCAACGUUUGCGUGCAGAAAAUAGGUUGCUCCGUUGAAAAGGAAUAAAACAAGAGAAGACUUCGUUGAAUAGAAAAGAAGAGAAUAAACCGUGCAAACACAUCGACAUUUAUUGGUGUUAUAGUGCAACUGGUUCUGGUUACUUUUUUUCCACGUUUUCGGGUAAUCAUUUCAAUUGAAACCAAAAAAAAUGAACAUUCAAAGGCUGAAAUUAGUUAAAUACUAGAAAUGAUACCACGUUCGGACAACCCAAGAAAAUAAUAACCGGAACGAGCCACCGAAUAAAGCAUACAUGUAUCUCACAUCGUUAAUUGAUUGUUUGGCUUGAAAACUCAACAACAAACUAGUUAAUUUAUAUUAAAUUAUAUUGAAACAAAAAAACACCGACGACGAUUUUUGAAUUCGAGUUCGCUGAGAAGACAUAGAAAAAGACUUUAGCAAAAAAAAAAAAAACACACAAAUACAAAAUAAUAGCAAAUUUAAAUACAGUCAUAAAUAGAUUUAAAUAAUCACCCGCCCCAAAAAUGAUUGCAUUUAAACCAAAGUCAUGAAGAAGACAUUACGAAAGACUUUUGUUUGUUGAUUUCUGUUGAAUAAAAAAAAAAAAUUUUAUAAUAAAUUGUUUUCUAGUGAAAUAAAUAAAAGAGAUAAAGAAUUGUGUAAUUAGACAAACAAUAACGCAUUUUAAAGUAAUGUUUUCCCUAUUUUUCCAUAACCAAUUUCAUUAUAAAAUUGUAUGGACAACAAAUUGUGUGAAUUAAAAGACAUUAUUAAAACCAAUUCAUUUACAUAAUACCAACCAAACCAAAAAAAAAAGUCAUGAUAAAUUUAGAUAACAAACGAAAUAUAUGAAAAUUAUUGACAUUUUUCCUCUGCGUGUUAUAUUUUCUCUUUCGGUCAUUGAAAACGUAAUAAUAAUUAUAAUAAACAAAAUAUUAGAAAAAAAAGAGUCAACAAUCCGAUAGUAUAAAAGAAACCAAUACACUACCUAAAGGACAUAAGUUUGAUAGAGACUUCAUUUUUCAUUGCAUCAUUCAUCUCUCGUCGUUUUGAUUGAUUUUUCACUUUCUUUCUUCGUCCCGUAGACUAAACAAUUUCAUUCAGCAAUAACAAAUAAAAACAAAAAACUAAAAUAAUAAUCUAAAAUCAACAACUCAGAAAAAAGCUCACACAUAACCAAAUGAUGAUGAUAACUAAAUUAGUGCAAUUAUAAGAAAAUUUUGCUUUAAUAAAAAGGGAAACUCAUACGGAUAAAUAAAAGAACGAGCACUUUUUCGAAGGAGAUGAAAUAAUAAGAAAAGAAAAGAGAAGAAACCAGAUAAAUAAACGAACAAGAGAAAUAAAUUAAAACGAAUUUUCAAUAGCUACAAUUUUUUAAAAGAAAGAAAUAGUAAGCUCAAAAUACAAGCGAACGUUGUGUGAUAGUGUGAUUGAAAGCGAAAGCAGUACAAGCAAUUGAAACUGAAAGCUAAAACGGGCGAUUUCUAUUUAUUUGCACACACUCAAACACAACACCCGAUCUAAUCGAGACGCGCACAAUUGUUUCAUUCACGACGAAUACAUACAAUCAAAUCGUAACUGAAUAAAAGAAAACAAACACACACAAUCUAAGCAUAACAAGAAGAGAAAAAAUAAAAUAAACGACAACGAGACAGAUUCACACAGCGUCAGAUUGUUUAAUGCACAGAAACGAACGACUGGGCGUAACAAACAAACGAAAAACGGCAUCAAAUCGAUCAACAACAACAACAGCAACCAAUCGUCAAAAUUUCCAUUCUCACAAACGGAACAAACUGGAAAAAUAAUGCUGGAUUUAGACCAUUUAACAAUCACAAAAACAAAACCAAAACCAAAACCAAAACCCAAACGAAAAUUAGCAACAGUUAACAAUCGUACGGAAAUCACAACUGAUGCCGCUGCCAUUGCCGCCACCGCCACUGUCGUCACCACCACUACCACCGCCAACACCACCACCACCACCACCACCAUCAUCACCUCUACACCAGCUACUGCAGCUGCUGCUAACGUUCCAAACAGUCACAUACCAAAUGCGACUCAUGCAAAUCGACCGACGAAAAAACCAUCCUCAUCGAACAUUGCAUUGCCAUUCACAACAUUAUCGUCUCCAAAACAAUGUACAUACAGCAACAAACAUUUAACAUGUAUUCAACACUGCCUGUGGAUAUAUUUGAUCCUUAGUUUUUGUUUACCAAAAUUUUGUUUUGCCGGAUACAAUGAAAAGCGCCUACUGCACGAUUUAUUGGACACGUAUAACACACUUGAACGGCCGGUCGUUAAUGAAUCGGAUCCAUUGCAAAUUAGUUUCGGUUUAACAUUGAUGCAAAUCAUCGAUGUGGACGAAAAGAAUCAAAUGCUCGUAACCAAUAUUUGGUUAAAACUAGAAUGGAAUGAUAUGAAUUUAAGAUGGAAUACGUCGGACUAUGGCGGUGUCAAAGACUUGCGAAUACCCCCGCAUCGAAUAUGGAAGCCAGACGUUCUGAUGUACAAUUCAGCGGAUGAAGGCUUCGAUGGCACCUAUCCAACGAAUGUAGUCGUUCGGAAUAAUGGAAGUUGCGUGUAUAUACCACCCGGAAUAUUUAAGUCAACAUGUAAGAUCGAUAUCACAUGGUUUCCUUUCGAUGAUCAACGAUGCGAGAUGAAAUUCGGCAGUUGGACAUACGAUGGCUUUCAGUUGGAUUUGCAGCUCCAAGAUGAAAUGGGUGGGGAUUUGAGUAGUUUUGUCACAAAUGGUGAAUGGGAACUAUUAGGUGUGCCUGGAAAACGUAACCAAAUUUAUUACAAUUGCUGCCCGGAACCGUACAUUGAUAUUACGUUUUCAAUUAUAAUUCGUCGUCGUACACUUUAUUAUUUCUUUAAUUUGAUUGUUCCAUGUGUGUUAAUUGCUUCGAUGGCACUGUUAGGUUUUGCUUUACCUCCUGAUUCGGGAGAAAAAUUAUCACUCGGUGUUACAAUUCUGUUGUCGUUGACAGUGUUUUUGAAUAUGGUAGCAGAAACGAUGCCAGCGACGAGUGAUGCUGUACCGUUAUUAGGAACAUAUUUCAAUAGUAUUAUGUUUAUGGUUGCCUCAUCGGUCGUGUCGACCAUUCUCAUCCUGAAUUAUCACCAUAGGAGUGCAGACACACACGAAAUGUCAGACUGGGUUCGGUUAGUAUUUUUGUACUGGCUGCCUCUAAUAUUACGAAUGAAUCGGCCACCGGGCCGAGGUUCAUCGAUGCCAAUGGAUUAUCCGCCAACGCCGUGCUCAAAUAGUUCCGAACAACCAAAUAAAUCCCAUCAUCAUCUUCCACAACAUAACCAUUUGAAUAUUCUAACCGAUGUCGAAUUGAAGCAACGAUGCUCAAAGUCACUCCUAGCUAAUGUUCUUGAUAUCAACGAUGAUUUUCGGCACAAUAAUUGCCGGCCGCUACUUCCGGGCGGCGGUGUUGGUAGCAGUAGCACAUUGCCACCGAAUUCAAGUUAUUUCCGUACUGUUUUUAGUUCUAGUGAAGAUGAAAACGCGAUUGGGGAUGGAAUUCCACCGAUACAUACAUGCAUUAAGUCAUCAGCAGACUACGAAUUGUCGCUAAUAUUGAAGGAAAUACGUUUCAUUACCGAUCAGUUACGAAAAGAAGACGAAGAUCAUGACGUAGCACGAGAUUGGAAAUUUGCAGCAAUGGUCGUUGAUAGACUGUGCCUUAUUAUUUUCACCCUGUUCACCAUCAUCGCGACUGUUUGCGUUUUACUGAGCGCUCCCCAUAUCAUCGUGUCGUAGCUGUUUCGAAGGAAUCAUUGUUAUUGGUUUUUGCAUAAAAUCAAUUUGUUACUAAUUGAUGUACUAGCGGAAAAUUUUUAAAAAGCAAAAAAAAAACACAUACAAACACACACAUAAGAAACAAAUUCGCAACACCUCCAAAACAGCCACUUCGACAGAAUGCCCCCAUGAAUAGGAUCCACAGCCAACCACCAGAGAAUUACAAACCAAAAAAAAAAAAAAUUGUGAACGAAAAAAACAUUCAACUGAUUUUCGGAAAUUCUGUUUGAAACACUUAUCUGCUCUGCACAAAAUUGAGCAUAUUCAAUGAAGUGUUUAGCCAUACGACGAUGGCGUAGCACUUUCUAUCCGAAUUUUACAAACACACAUACAAAGACUUUUCUUUGGAUCUGCUAGACUUUGAAUUUAACGUAACUUUUUCUUUCAAAUAAAUAAAACAUAAAAACGAAUUCAAUAGCAAUAUCAUUUACCGGUUCAAUGGGCAGAUAAGUGUUAAAAACAAUUCAUUGUUUACGAUCGAACAGACCGAAGGAAAUCUCAAAUCGAAAAACCAAAAAAAAAACACUGAAAAAUAAGAAAAAAAUGAACAAAAAAAGAGAUUAAUUCAAAAGGUCCUACGAAUGGUCGGAACGGCCACACUCGGGGAUAUGUUGAUAGUGUAUGUAUUAAUAAAAUUUGAACAAACGACGUUUGUUUAUCUAAUUGGAGCAAUAUCGAAGGAAAUUUUGAAAAAAAAAAAUAAUACAAUUUAUUACUAUAUUAUCGAAUGAUCCCAUAGGCAACAAACGAACAAAAUAUGGUGUAAUACUUUUGGAUCCACAUUAUGUUUCAUUUUCCCUUGGAUUAUUUCGUUUUGAUUUAUGUGAAUAAUGUGCGAAAAAACAAUUGUGACAAAACACACAAUUUUGCUUUAAAUCGUUCAACGUAUUUGUUUCUUCCGAUUUCGACAAAUUGAAAAGACAACCGAAACUAAACGAUCGAUAUACAGUAUACACAGAUGCAAAUCAAGAGUAUAUUAUACCAGUAGAUUCGUUAUCUAACAAGAAAUUGAAACAACGCAAACAACCACACAAACACAAAAAUAAUAAGAAAAGAAACAAAAAGUGAAGAUAAAACAAAAUGAUAUAAGAAAUAUAUUUUUAGUCAGUUUUUUCUAAUACAUAGGAAUAAAAGAAAAACACACACACACACACACAUUAGAGCAAUUCAGAUUUAAUGGAUGAUUUGAUUCGAGCUAUUUGUGUCGAUUUAUUCCGUAUUUUAGUUCCAUAUCAAAAUAAAGAGAGUUUUUUUUAUGUUGUUGUUUUGUUGCUUCUGUGACAAGUUUAAAAAAACAAGUGAGAAAAAAAGGCCUUCCCUUCAAAAGAACAAACAAAACGAAUCGCACAAGUCAUUCGAAUAUGAAAAAAAAUCCAUCAUUUCGUAAAUACGCGCAUAUUUUUCAUGUAAUUCAAAAUGUCAUCCAGUCAUUCGAGCAUAUUUUCUUUACCAAAGACUUAAUCCCUCAUUUAAACGAAACCAAAACCAAAACCAAAACCAAACAAAAAAAAAUGCAACAAAUAUUUAAAUGAUGUAUAUGUAGGAAAAAUUACAACCGAAAUAGCAAUUUUGAGAAGAAAUGACCAGUGGCCGUUCUUCUUUAUUUAUCCUUUAAAAUUGAUUUAUAUACAACAAAUGCUAAAUGCAAAUUUUCCAAUUUGCACAGUUGUAGGCAUUUGAAUAUACUUAGAACGAGAGAGAGAGAAAAUAAGAGAAAUCCCUUAAUUCAUUCAAAAUAACUACAUGGAAUAAACGUCAAACCAAAACUAAAAACAUUUAACGAAAUGAGUGACUAUUACAGCUAACCGAACAAAUGAAAAAAACAUGGUGAACAAAACAAAAAAAAGACAACAAGCAUACACUCACAACACGGAGAGCAAAUGAUGAAGAAGAAGAAAAUAGACAGAACGGAGAGGAAAUAAAAUCGUUAAGUUAGUUAAAAAUUAUUUUAUAACGUUUUACUACUUAUCGCAGUAGUAUAUAUUAUACAUUAUAAUGAUUAAACUAAAGUUAAAUUAAAACCAAACAAAAUAUGGAAUAAUUAAAGAAGGUCAACGGCUUUCUGCGUGAUACACGACAGAGACGCGUACACACAUUGAUCGAAUGGACGAUUGGGUGUAACGAAUGAGAUAUUUCAAUGAUCGAAUCGAUGAAGUGAAUAAAAAAAAAACAAGACAAGAAAUAACUCACUAAGCAAAA